GAGUGACGCCCUGAGCCGCGAAGGAUUGUGGGAGGAGGUUGUCUCUAAUUUCUCCUCCCCCUCCCGGCCAAGAUGUCUGACAUGGAGGAUGAUUUCAUGUGCGAUGAUGAGGAGGACUACGACCUGGAAUACUCUGAAGAUAGUAACUCUGAGCCAAAUGUGGAUUUGGAAAAUCAGUACUAUAAUUCCAAAGCGUUAAAAGAAGAUGACCCAAAAGCAGCAUUAAGCAGUUUCCAAAAGGUUUUGGAACUUGAAGGUGAAAAAGGAGAAUGGGGAUUUAAAGCACUGAAACAAAUGAUUAAGAUUAACUUCAAGUUGACAAACUUUCCAGAAAUGAUGAAUAGAUAUAAACAACUAUUGACCUAUAUUCGGAGUGCAGUCACAAGAAAUUAUUCUGAAAAAUCCAUUAAUUCUAUUCUUGAUUAUAUCUCCACUUCUAAACAGAUGGAUUUACUGCAGGAAUUCUAUGAAACAACACUGGAAGCUUUGAAAGAUGCUAAGAAUGAUAGACUGUGGUUUAAGACAAACACAAAGCUUGGAAAAUUAUAUUUAGAACGAGAGGAAUAUGGGAAGCUUCAAAAAAUUUUACGCCAGUUACAUCAAUCCUGCCAGACUGAUGAUGGAGAAGAUGACUUGAAAAAAGGUACACAGUUAUUAGAAAUAUAUGCUUUGGAAAUUCAGAUGUACACGGCACAGAAAAAUAACAAAAAACUUAAAGCACUCUAUGAACAGUCACUACACAUCAAGUCUGCCAUCCCUCAUCCACUGAUCAUGGGAGUUAUCAGAGAAUGUGGUGGUAAAAUGCACUUGAGAGAAGGUGAAUUUGAAAAGGCACACACUGAUUUUUUUGAAGCCUUUAAGAAUUAUGAUGAAUCAGGAAGUCCAAGAAGAACCACUUGCUUAAAAUAUUUGGUCUUAGCAAAUAUGCUAAUGAAAUCGGGAAUUAAUCCAUUUGACUCACAGGAGGCCAAGCCGUACAAAAAUGAUCCAGAGAUUUUAGCAAUGACAAAUUUAGUAAGUGCCUAUCAGAAUAAUGACAUCACUGAAUUUGAAAAGAUUCUGAAAACAAAUCACAGCAACAUCAUGGAUGAUCCUUUCAUAAGAGAACACAUUGAAGAACUUUUACGAAACAUCAGAACACAAGUGCUCAUAAAAUUAAUUAAGCCUUACACAAGAAUACAUAUUCCUUUUAUUUCUAAGGUACUUAUAUUCAUGGAUUUUAAUGAUACACAUCUUAUUUUAUUUAUUUGCAGCACUAUUCAUGGCCGAAUUGAUCAAGUCAACCAACUCCUUGAACUGGAUCAUCAGAAGAGGGGUGGUGCACGAUAUACUGCACUAGAUAAAUGGACCAACCAACUAAAUUCUCUCAACCAGGCUGUAGUCAGUAAACUGGCUUAACAAAGAACAAGCUUUUACAGACGUCCUUAAGGCAACAGUGCAGAGAUGUAAUCCUUAAAAGAACUGGGAAUGGCAAAACUACUGUCGGUUGAUGUGUCCUGAAAAUUAUUGGAGUUAUGGCAGAAGUGCUUUUUUGAUCAACUGGUUUGUGUUUUGCUGCUGCAUUUAUCCCAAGAAAAACAGCUUUAAUCUCCAGAAGAAAACCAAAAUACCAUGGGAUUUAUGCUGUAUUGACAUCUUGCCCUAAACAUACAACAUCAUAGUAAUUUGUCAUGGGCAACAUGACCAGAGAGAAGAUUUUUGUCAUGAUUUUAAAUACACUGACACGCUACUGUUGGUUAAAUUUAAACAUGUUUUACCUGCAGAAAUUCUCUCACAAAUAACCUGCAAUAACUUGAAAUGCAUACCCUUUUGAAUACUUCUUUUCUCAUGUAUAAAUUAAAAUGUUUGCUGCAUUUUGCAAAAUGUCAAUUCUCCAAAAAAUGUGUCCGUAUAUUUCUGUACCUGCAGUGUAGUAAAGGUUUAGACGAAACCCCAUAAUUAUAGUGGCAUACUGUCACUUAGGUUUCAAGCAGCAAAAUAAACAGUGCAGCUCAGAAAUUGUAGUUUGGUUCUUGAUGUGUUUUUAUUACAUUUGGGGUUGUUGUUUUGUUUUUUAGAACCUUAGAAAUUUCAAAUUAUUUUAUCUUCAGUUAAUAAUUUUUAAAAGCCUGGAAGCAAAUAAGUUGGUUAUUUGCUUUCACGUUUUUAAAAGUAGUCUUUAUUGAUAAAGUAAGGAGAACUACUUUCUAACAAAAAACACUUGCAUAGUACUUAUUGACAGUAAUGCUUUAAAGGAAUAAAAUUCUUUUUUUUUAAGAACAAUAUUCCUUUUUUAAAAAAUUCUAACUCUCAGAAUGUUCACUUUAAACAAAUAUGCCAGACAUAGACAGCUAAAUGAAUGUUACCCUGCAUCGUGAUCAUGCUGGAAGGUUAUUUCCUAAUGCCAGCAAUCUACCAUUGCCCAGAACCUCUUAGGUUUGCUCUUUUAGAAUUGCAUUCAAAGUUAACUUAAAUCACACACUCUAUUAACAUUAUAUAUACAUUGUUUAAAAAAAAUGUAUAUGUUAUCUACCCUGAUUCUUUUCAGUUACCAUUAUUUGGCACCAAAUGACAAUUUCCUAAACUUAAAUCUCACUUUUAGGCAGAGCAUAUGCAACUGGCUUUGAAGGCAGUCCCAAAAGAGUUGUAUUUUGAGCAGUGGCAGUAUAGUUAGGAGAAUGAACUGUGUGGCCUUCUGAGGUGACUACCUUAAAGGAACUCAGCUCAUUUGAAUGUAUUGAGUUUUGGAUGUAUUUGUUUCAUUUAAAAAAGAAAUUCACAUUAUUUUAUAGCAUCAAAAGGAAGGACUAAGAUUAGCAUAAUUUCUUUGGUUUUCCUAUUGCUUGUUGUUAUUAUGUAAAAAGCGAGUGGCAGUUCAGAAGGAAGACUGUUGUAACUGAAGAGUAACAAGAAUUUUUGAUCAUUAAAUCAGAUUUUAUAAACAGUGGAAGAGCAUGGGCUUAAAACAAGGCAUGCUUAUUCGGUUUUGUCAAAAUUUUACAAAAAUAUGUGAUAUAUAUUUAUACUAAAACUAUAUAAUCGUUAGAUUUAGGAAAGCAAUCAGUUACUGUCUUUAGCAGAGUAAAGCAGUAUUAAAUACAGGUACAAGUUGGAAAUUGUAGAAAACUGAAAGAAAAUGAAAGAAAAAUGUCUAUGGUAGGGAAUAAAAAAAGUUUAAGAUAUAAAAUUAUGUGUAUUUUCUUCUCUUUUUACAUAAAUCAUUUGUGAAAAGUGUGCUAAAAUUUUUUUACAAGUGAUAUUAACUAGGAUUUAUUUUUCCACAUAAUUUGGAGACCCUUUGUUACCCAAAUAAAAAUGACAAGCUUCUGUGCCUGUA